AUGCUGCGUACAGCUUUGCCAGCAUGUCCAUUUGGUUUCCGAUGGCAACAGUGGAGGCCUUUGGUCCUGAGUGCCUCGCAGUUCCUGCACAUCCUUGAAAAGCCAGAUUUGACCAGCCAAGCCUACAUUGGAAAUGCCGGACAUGAGUUAUCCCUGCUGUCCGGGCAGCGUCGUGGAAAAAUCCUGGAGCAAUUUUGCAAAAAGGAGCUGGCGCGGAUGAAACCGAGCAGCAAAAUUGAAGAGCCUACUGAAGGCACCCGCUGCGAUGGAACUCGCAGGUCACGUUACCACUCCGAGUACGACUUUACCAUGGAUGGUCGGAAAGUUGAGUGCAAAAGUUCACAGAUGUCUUGGAACAACAGCGGGAAGUGUUGGUACUUCCAUUUUUCCAGCAUCAAGCUGCCACGGCUAGGUGUUCGGGAUCAAGCUCCAUUUGAUGAGUUGUAUCUCAUUUUUCCAGCCCGGAUAGUUUGCACAUCAUCAAGCAUGAUCUUCAGACUAAAGUUUCCACAACUGGAAAGCAAACAGGAAGCAGUGGUCAUUCGAUUUUUGUCAGAGGUGCUGCAGGGCAAAAAUGUUGGCAAAGUGCACGGUCUCAAAUUCUUGACAAGUUGCUGGCUGCAGGACACUGCGAACUUGUGGCUCACAUAG